AUGGAUUCAGAAACUCAAAGUAUGCAGGCUCAAUACCUGGCUGUACCUACAACCCUCAGCUCUUUAUCAACGUGCAAAGAAAAUGAGUCUUGCUAUAUAGAGGAGCCACCAGCCUACUCAACUGCAACUCAGUCGACCAUAAUCGACAAUAUUGCUACCUAUUUCGCUCGCCAAACUGUAGCACACGACAUUGGUGAUCAAACACUUGAAAGUAUCCCAUACUCACAGUUGCCGGAUACUGGGGCAAUGACAGAAGAUAGCCAUGACGAACUGUCACCGAUCUCGCUGCGUAUCUCGACACACAUCAAUGUGGCAUGCGAUGGAAACCUCGUUGUUCUACCAUGCUCUCCUUCCGAGCAGGCAAACUCCAUCGCAAAAGCUGACGUCGAAACUAUCCAAGGAAAAGACUGGGCUACUGGACUACCCAUGAUUGACGAGAGUGGCCGCCCAAGACCACUGAAGUUAGAUAUCGACGCAGGUAUAACGAUCAAAGGUUCUUCCAACGUCAUCGGCACAGCAUCACUUAUGGAAAAGAUCGUCCAUGGAAGAACGCAAGAAAAGAGACAGACAGCACCUUGUGUUUGUCGGAGAAGAGGCUCGUCUAUACCGACUCGUCCGUCAUCGCCAUAUCGACGGCGACGAGCAUCCGAGCUUGGCCCAUUAGAUCAACCAAAGAGCAAGCGGGCUCGAAGUGAAGAGUAG